UUCCCUCGUUCAAUUCGCUUUCAGCUUUCCAAGCUGCAAGCCACACUUUCUGUUUCCCAGUCCCCCGUUUUAAUUACAAUUUACCAGUCCUGCGUGUUAAACAUCAUUUAAAUUGUGUGUGUUUCGUGUUGCAUGUGCCAGGCCGAGCACCAGUUGCCCCCCAGCGAGCAAAGGAACCGGGUAGAGAGCCCAAAGAUGACCGCCAGCCGGCGAGGAUUCAACCUAACCUCGCAGACACGCGCUCACACCACCAGUGGCACCACCAGUGGCACCACCAGUGGCUCACCGUCCAGUGGAUACGAAAAUUGCCAGAGAACACAUCUGAUCAUCCAUGGACGCCACGUGGCCAUCUCGCUGCUCGUGCUCCUGGGCAUUUGCGGUGCUACUGCUGCCGGCACGCCGGGAUCUGCGGACACGCGGUGCGAUGCGGGACAAUUCCAGUGCAGAGACGGCGGCUGCAUCUUACAGGCGAAGAUGUGCGACGGACGCGGAGACUGCAAGGACGGCUCGGAUGAAUUGGACUGCGACUACCGACUGUGCCGACCGCCACAUUGGUUCCCGUGUGCCCAGCCACACGGAGCCUGCCUGGCAGCGGAACUAAUGUGCAACGGCAUCGACAACUGUCCCGGCGGCGAGGAUGAGCUCAACUGCCCGGUGCGGCCAGGAUUCCGAUUCGGUGACACCGCUCAUCGCAUGCGCAACUGCAGCAAGUACGAGUUCACGUGCCAGCAGGAUCGCACCUGUAUACCCAUUGACUUCAUGUGCGACGGCCGCGUGGAUUGCACUGACAAGUCGGAUGAGGUGGCCGGCUGCAAGCAGGCGGAGGCCACCUGCUCCGUCGAGGGACAUCUCUGCGCCAACGGACGGUGCUUGCGGCGAAAACAGUGGGUCUGCGAUGGCGUGGACGAUUGCGGCGAUGGAAGCGAUGAAAAAGGAUGCCUAAAUCUAUGUGAGCCACAGAAAGGAAAAUUCCUGUGCCGAAACCGAGAAACCUGUCUGGUCCUGAGCGAAGUGUGUGAUGGGCACAGCGACUGUUCCGACGGCAGCGAUGAGACCGAGUUCUGUCACUCCAAGCCGGACUGCGAGACGAAGAAGUGUCCGCUGGGAGCCAAGUGCCACAUGAUGUCCACCAGCGGAGCCGAGUGCAUCUGCCCUAAGGGAUUCCGGCAGGCCAAAUUCGAGGACAAGUGCGAGGACAUUGACGAGUGCAAGGAGCGAGAUGAUCUGUGCAGCCAGGGAUGCGAGAAUACAUCGGGUGGUUAUCAAUGCGUCUGUGAUGCGGGCUAUUUGCUGGACAAGGAUAAUCGCACGUGUCGCGCCAUCGUUCAUGGCUCCAUAGAACAGCAGCCCCUUCUGCUGUACACCACCCAAAUGACGAUUAUGGGAAUGCAUCUGCGCGAGGACAACGUGCGUAAUCAUGUCUACCAGGUGGCCGGGAAUCUGAGCAAGGUCAUUGGCGUUGCCUACGAUGGCAGCCACAUCUAUUGGACCAACAUUCAGAACGAAGCGGAGAGCAUUGUGAAGGCAAACGGAGACGGUUCGCAUGCGGAUAUCCUGCUGACCUCCGGCCUGGAUGCACCAGAGGACUUAGCUGUGGACUGGCUGACGCAGAACAUCUACUUCUCGGACAACAUAAUGCGGCACAUAGCCGUCUGCUCCCACGAUGGCCUCAACUGUGCCGUUCUGGUUACCCAGGAUGUCCAUCAGCCGCGAUCACUGGCUCUUUGGCCCCAAAAGGGCUUGAUGUUCUGGACAGAUUGGGGUGAGAAGCCCAUGAUAGGGCGCGCAUCCAUGGACGGCAGUCGGUCGCGACCCAUUGUCAGCGACAAUAUCGAAUGGCCGAAUGGCAUUGCGUUGGACAUGCACCAGCAAAGGAUCUACUGGGUGGAUGCCAAGUUGGGAAGCGUUCAAACGGUUCGGCCCGACGGCACUGGUCGACGCACGGUGCUGGACGGCAUGCUGAAGCAUCCGUAUGGCCUGGCCAUAUUCGAGGAUCAGCUGUACUGGUCAGAUUGGGCCACGAAGAGUGUGCAUGCCUGCCACAAGUUCUCCGGCAAGGAUCAUCGCAUCCUGGCCAAGGAUCGCACCAUUUACGCCGUUCACAUCUAUCAUCCGGCCAAGCAGCCCAUCUCGCCACAUGGUUGCGAAAAUACCAAGUGCUCGCACCUGUGCCUGCUGGCCGAACCCGAAAUCGGUGGUCACAGCUGCGCCUGUCCGGAUGGCAUGCGACUGGCGCCGGAUCAGCAGCGCUGCAUGCUGAUGGAGAAGCGCCAACGACUGUACAUUGGCCUGGGCCAGGUGCUCCUCGAGAUCGAGCACACCGCCUUUGGCCGCCAUCAGGUGAGCAAGUCAUACACGCUGCCCUGCUUGAUCAACGAAAUGGUCUACAACCGCAUCAAUGGCACCCUGUUAAUCGCGGACAAUGACCAGCGAUUGAUCCUGGAGUUUCAGCCAGAAAAUCGCGAGACCAACGUCCUGGUCCGCGCCAAUCUCGGCAAUGUGAGUGCCCUGGCCUUCGAUCAUCUGAGCAGGAAUCUCUACUGGGCGGACACGGAGCGCGGUGUGAUUGAGGUGCUCUCCCUGCAGACGCGCCAUCGUGCCCUCAUCCGCUUCUUCCCGGGCCAGGAGGUGCCCAUCGGACUCACUGUCAUGCCCGCAGAGGGUUACCUGUAUGUUGUGCUCAAGGCCAAGCGGCACAGCCACAUCGACAAGAUACCGCUGAGCGGCAAGGGCGAACAGGUGCAUGUAUUCGAGGACGAUCUGGGCGAUGAUGACAUCAAGCUGGUCACCGAUUAUGAGACCCAAACGCUCUUCUGGUCGGACAGCGAUCUGGGCAGGAUUAGCUACUCGAAUUACAGGGUGCCGCACAGCCAAAUAUUCCGGGGCAAGCUAAGGCGCCCCUAUAGCCUGGCCAUGGUCCAUCACGAUUUGUUCUGGAAUGAAUUGGGCACGCCAAGGAUUUACUGGACGCACAAGAGCAAUAUGGGACCCCGAAAGGUGAUCGAUAUAAUGGAGAAGGGCGAUCCCGCUGCCAUCCUGCCGUACGUGCCCGUGGCCAUGCCCAAUGGUAUACCGCUGGCCGCCAGCUCGCCCAUCGGCCUGGAAUCGCAUCCCUGUCAGCUGCAGAAUGGCGGUUGUUCGCACAUCUGCGUGGGCGAGGGUCCCUACCACUCGAUCUGCUUGUGUCCGGCCGGAUUCGUUUACCGUGAUGCGGGCAAUCGCACCUGCGUGGAAGCUCUGGACUGUGAGUUCCGUUGCCACAGUGGCGAGUGCCUCACCAUGAAUCAUCGGUGCAACGGACGACGCGAUUGCGUGGACAACUCGGAUGAGAUGAACUGCGACGCGGAGCAUCGCCGCAAGCCGAAAGUUCACUGCUCGCCCAGCCAGUUCGCCUGCCACAGCGGGGAGCAGUGCGUCGACAAGGAGCGACGAUGCGACAACCGCAAGGAUUGCAACGACCAUUCGGAUGAGCAGCACUGCGAGAAGUUCGACAAGACGAAGAAGUGCCAUGUCCAUCAGCAUAGCUGCGACAAUGGAAAGUGCGUGGACUCGAGCCUGGUCUGCGAUGGUACCAAUGACUGCGGCGACAAUUCCGACGAGAUGCUGUGCGAGGCGACAUCGCGUUGCGAACAGGGAAUGUUCCAAUGCGGCAGCGGAUCCUGCAUAGCGGGCACCUGGGAGUGCGACGGACGGAUCGAUUGCAGCGACGGAUCCGACGAGCAUGACAAGUGCGCCCAUCGCAGCUGUCCGCCGGACAUGCACCGCUGUCUGCUGGGUCAGUGUCUGGACCGGAGUCUGGUGUGCGAUGGCCACAACGACUGCGGCGAUAAGUCCGACGAACUAAACUGCGGUACGGACUCAUCCACGGUGAACAUAUCCUGCGCGGAAGAUCAGUUCCAAUGCACGAGCAAUCUAAAGAUCUGUCUGCCGUCUGCGGUGCGCUGCAAUGGCACCACCGAGUGUCCACGCGGCGAGGAUGAGGCCGACUGCGGGGAUGUGUGCAGCAUCUAUGAGUUCAAGUGCCGCUCCGGGCGACAGUGCAUUCGGCGGGAGUUCCGCUGCGAUGGUCAGAAGGACUGCGGCGACGCCAGUGAUGAGUUGAGCUGCGAACUGGAAAAGGGCAAUCGCAAUCAAAGUCAAAUUCAACCAUGGAGCACCUCCAGUCGCGCCUGCCGGCCACAUCUCUUCGAUUGCCAAGACGGCGAGUGUGUGGACUUGUCGCGGGUGUGCAACAAUUUUCCGGACUGCGCCAACGGCCACGACGAGGGACCCAAGUGCGCCACCGCCUGUCGAUCCGGUUCGGGUCGCCAGGUGUGCCAGCACAAGUGCCGGGCAACACCAGCCGGCGCAGUGUGCUCCUGCUUUGAUGGCUAUCGCCUGGACGCGGAUCAGAAGAGCUGCUCGGACAUUGACGAGUGCCAGGAGCAGCAGCCAUGCGCCCAGCUGUGCGAGAAUACCCUCGGCGGCUAUCAGUGCCAGUGCCAUGCGGACUUUAUGCUGCGCCAGGAUCGGGUUAGCUGCAAGAGUCUUCAGUCCGGCGCCACGCUGCUCUUCAGCAGCUUCAACGAAGUGCGCAACCUGAGCGAACAGCCCGUAAUGCUCAAUGUGGCCUGGUCGGCGAACGAUUCACGGAUCACCGGUUUCGAUGUGGACAUGCACCGUCAAAUGGGUUACUUUUCCGCCGAGGACGAGGGCAUCGUCUACCAAGUCGAUCUGCAAACGAAGUUAAUAACGCGGGCAUUGGGCCUGCCGACACCGACAAAACUCUCCGUGGAUUGGGUCACUGGCAAUGUAUAUGUGCUGAGUGGGGCGCAGGAGAUUCAAGCGUGCAGUUUCGAGGGUCGCAUGUGCGGCAGAAUAGUGCACGUAAAGAGUCCCAAGCACGUGAAGCAUCUGGCUGUGGAUGGCUACCACGGCAGGAUCUUCUACAUAGUCAUACGCACCGAGGGCUAUGGCCAGACGAGCUCGGAGAUUCACAUGGCCCGGCUGGACGGCAGUCGCCGGGAUAUGCUGCUGCAGCGUGGUGAAAGCUUUAUGACCGCCCUGACCACCGAUCCGCAUCAGCAGCUGUUGUACUUUGUGGACCAGCAUACACGCACCCUGGAAAGGAUUAGCUAUAGGUUUAAAAUGGGACCCUUGCGCCGGCCGGAGAUCAUGCUGCAGAAGUCCAAUGCUCUGAUGCACCCAUCCGGGCUGAGUGUGUACGAGAAUAACGCGUUCAUCGUGAACCUGGGCUCCGUGGAGGCGGUGCAGUGUGCCCUCUACGGAUCCCGUACCUGUCACAAGAUCAGCCUCAAUGUGCUCAACGCCCAGGACAUUGUGGUGGCGGGCAAGUCGCGUCAGCCACAGAAGCUGUCGCAUCCCUGCGGCCAUGCCCACUGCCAUGGACUGUGCCUGCAAGCGGACUACGGUUACGAGUGCAUGUGCGCCAAUCGGCUGGUUGCCGAAGGCGAACGUUGUCCCCAUGGCUCCGGCAAUGAGGUGGCCGUAUUAGGUGCGGUCAACAGCCUGGAAUUGGAGCAGGAGCAGCACGGUCACUUUCACUGGCUGAUGGCACUGUUCGUGCUGGCCGCCGGAUCACUGAUCGCCGGACUGGGGUACAUGUACUAUCAGUACCGGAAGCGCGGCCACACGGAUCUCAACAUUAACAUGCAUUUCCAGAAUCCGCUGGCGACGCUCAGCGGCACCAAAGGGUUCAUGGAGCACGAACGCGCCGAGGCAGGAGUCGGUUUCGCCCCAGAAACGGGCACGGUAUCCAGCCGCGGCAGCAACGACACAUUCACCACCACCACCACCACCUCGUCCUCGUUCGUGGCUCAGCAGUUUAGUGUGCCGAAUGCGCUACAGAGAUUGCUCCGGCCACGGCAGGCGGCGUCCGGCGAUCCGAUGGCUCAGGAAUUGCUUCUCGAGAGCCCCAGAGAAAGCAACCUACAUUCGGUGGACGGAGGCGCAGGUGGAUGCGGAGGCGGAGUUGGACGGCAGGUGCCGGACAUCCUGGUGGCUGACAUGGACGACGAUGCCGCCAAGUCAGGCGGACAGUUCGGGGGACAUUACGCAGGCGAUGAUGCGAAUGCACGAUUUGUGCCGUAAAUGAGAAAAUGCUGUUGCAGCCGUUUAUUGUUUACUAUCCAUGUAUUUAUUGUAGCUUUAAAAUGAUAUUGUAUUUAAAUGUUAAUCGGUAAUUGGUGUUAAUAAGGCUGGCUAAAUAUUAAAAACUAAUUCAAACA